CUAGAUGCCUUCUUGAGCCUGCUUGUGGCCACCCACAGACACUUGUAAGGAGGAGAGAAGUCAGCCCGGCAGAGACACUGUGAAAUGAGGGACUAGAGGCCGGGAUCCAAGCAGCCAAAGCUACAGCCAGCAGACAAGGGAGCCUGCCCUGAAGCCGUGUGUGCUGAGAGGUCUGCCAUGGCCUCUCUUGGCCUCCAGCUUGUGGGCUACGUCCUGGGCCUUCUGGGGCUGUUGGGCACCCUGAUUGCCAUGCUGCUCCCCAGCUGGCGAACAAGCUCCUAUGUUGGUGCCAGCAUUGUGACUGCAGUUGGCUUCUCCAAAGGCCUCUGGAUGGAGUGUGCAACACACAGCACAGGCAUCACCCAGUGUGACAUCUACAGCACCAUGCUAGGCCUGCCCGCUGACAUCCAAGCUGCCCAGGCCAUGAUGGUGACGUCCAGCGCCAUGUCCUCCUUGGCCUGCAUUGUCUCUGUGGUGGGCAUGAGAUGCACAGUCUUCUUCCAGGAGUCUCGAGCCAAAGACAGAGUGGCGGUGGUGGGCGGAGUCUUCUUCAUCCUUGGAGGCCUCCUGGGCUUCAUCCCUGUUGCCUGGAAUCUUCACGGGAUCUUGCGAGACUUCUACUCCCCGCUGGUGCCUGACAGCAUGAAAUUUGAGAUCGGAGAGGCUCUUUACCUGGGCAUUAUUUCCUCCCUGUUCUCCCUGGUAGCUGGAAUCUUCCUCUGCUUUUCCUGCUCACCCCAGGGAAAUCGCUCCAACUACUACGAUGCCUACCAGGCCCAGCCCCUGGCCACUAGGAGCUCUCCAAGGCCUGGUCAAGCGCCAAAAGGCAAGAGUGAGUUUAACUCCUACAGCCUGACAGGGUAUGUGUGAAGAACCAGGGGCCAGAGCUGGGGGUGGCGGCUGGGUCUGUGAACACCAGUGGACACCCCCCCUCCCCCAGGCCCACAGGUGAGGGAUAUUGGCACUGGAUCGUGUCAGAAGGUGCUGCUGGAGAUAGACUGACUUUGGCCACUGGAUCAAACAAAGGCAGAAACAGGAGCUGGUGUGACAGCAUGCGGGUUAAACUGUCAAGACUCUUGCUAAGCCAGACUUUCUGUUUCCUUCAUCUUGGCACCCUCCACCCCCCAGCCCUCGAAUACCCAACCCUCAACUCCAGCCACCCCCCACCAGAAGCCAGGCCCCAGCAUCUACCCUUUACCCUUUGAUUUACCUGGGAGUCCAUCCAAAAGCCCACUAAGUACGUCCCACUGACUGACCCUCUCUUGUGAUCAAAGACCCUUCCUCUUGCUGAGGUUGGCUCUUAGCUCAUUGCUGGGGGAUGGGGGUGGGUGCGAAGGGGUGGUGGCUCCUGUGGGCAUGGCGCUAAUCUCCUUUGCAGGCCUCCCUCCAAACAAACUGAUUGGCCAGUAAUGGGCCCUGGAGCCUCCUCCAUCCCACUCUUAUGACUCCACAUGUCUAGACUCAAUGUGUCUAACUGAAUGUGUAUGAACUGAAAUAAAGCCACCCCACUGUACUGAGGGAACAGAGAGCAAUGGGGUGGAGGAUGAGAGGGCAAGGACCAAAGCUGAGGAUCAAAAAAAAAAAAAAAAGGCCAAAAUCAUGGCCCAGGGACCUAGCUCCCAGAGAGAGGAAAGAACAUGCGACAGGGCCCUCAAGGCGGCAGCAGGUUCUGACUGUACCGAGGCGCUCCCUCAAAAGCUACAGCGCCAACUUGCACUGAAGCCCCCGUCUCCCUCUGACCUGGCGUCCUGCUAACAACAGGCGGAAGGGCCUGCACAAUGGUUUCUGUAGAGAAAGGAAACUGGUUUGGUUUAGAGAUGGCCCUUGGCUGGGGGUGACAGCCUGGGAGCACGGGUGGACACGGGUGGGAGCUACAAUGAGUGUUUCUACUGGGCCAGAGAGAGGCAGCCCCCAGGAGAGUCUUCAGGCUUAAAGGAGAAGCAGCCUGAAGACUGAGAUCAGGCCCCCGAGGUCUGCCCACAGAGCACAGUAGCACCUCUGAAAGACCACAGCCCCAGAUGGGCCCCUGUCAGUCACCUUCCUGUUCUCCCCACCAUCCUUAUCAGACAUGGUGGCAUUGCUAGAAGGCAUCAAAGGGCUCUAGCAUGGAGUCAUCCUGACCCAGGUGCCGUGGCCCUCAUCUGAGUGACAGCUGAAUUGCCACCUGGGAUUUUGGUUGAGAUGGAAGAGUAGAGGAUUCCCAGGCAGACAGUUUCAGCUCCAAGAUUUCAAAAUGCCCCCUUUCCCCUGGGGGUGGAGGUGGGAGUGACAGGCACAAACAAACCAAAGGCUUGAGCACGACUAGCUUCUGACAAACUCCAGUACACUGCCCUAAACCGCAGUGCCAGCAGGAGGGGUCCAGUCAUUGUCUGGAACAUGUCUUUCACAGUUCUUGCCUGUAUUUAAGCUCCUCUCCCAAGCAGGAAGGCCCUCUCCCCUUAGCUAAGUCUUCCUCAUGCUUGGAGAAGCCGCUUGGCACCACCUCCUUCACCGAGCCUCCUCUGACCACUCCGUCCCUCUCCUACCCCUCCAUCCUCCAACCCUCAAUGUAAAAAAAUCACUCUUUGAUGCUUAUUAUUCACAAUGUUUGAUGGAUAAUUAUCUUUCUAUGUGUAUGUAACCGAUUUCACAAGUACAUUGUAAACUCUUGAAGGGUAGGGUCCAUAUCUUAGCCAUGUGUAUAUUUCUCAGACUAUCUGUAAGAGUGCUGAGCACAUAGUAGGUGAUCAAUAAACACUUGUUGAUUGAA